CUUGGAGACCAGCCGUCGCCAUCUCCUUCUCCCACGUUCCCGUUCCAGUCCCGACCCCUCCUGAGUUUCCAUCGUCACUCCGAUCAUCUUACCAUGUCAGCAAGGUGUGGGCCCCACCUCCGUCGUCCCACUUUCGCCUGAAACAUUCUCCACAAAUUAACAAUGGCGGACAACUCCAAGGAAGAGCCCAAGACUGGCCCCCAGUCCAAUCGCUGGUACAACCUAACCCUCGGCCCCUCCUUCAGAGACGGCUCCGCCAACAAGUACUGCACUCUCCGAUACGACUUCAAGCCGGCGUCGAUUGACAAGACUAAGGCCGGGGCGCUGAAGAAGACCAAGGACAAUAGGGUUACGGUCGAAUUUCAGAACAACCAAGUGGGGAAACCCAAUGUCACGUUUAAAGGGAGCAGCGAGGAGUACAAGGGCAACGACGCCGUAUUAUUCUUUGACGGCCAGACGUUUCGGUUGGAGAGGCUUCACCGCUCCGUGAAGCAGCUCCGGCAUGACCGCCGGCCUGGGGAAUCGGCGGCUGGUAUGGCUGUAGACCCGCAGCUUUCUCCGGUUGGCAAGGCGCCCAAGCUAACGCAUCAGUAUAAUCCUGCUAGAACUGCAUUCCCCGUCGUGCCGGUUGAGGUGGAACGGAUAGAUGUUGGGGUGCCUGAGAAUCCAGGUGCGAAAGCUGCCAAUAAAGGUGUGAUUGAUUACUCAUCUGAUCAACCAAAUGUAUCUGCUGCCUCGCCAGGCCCUAAGAAUGAAGAAGUUAACGAUGAACACCAGGAUAUAGAUAUUGAAGACCUUUUCGGUAGUUUAUCACCCGAUGAUGGGAAUGCUGCUGAAGAUGAAGCCAAUCCUGAAUUUGACAUCAUUAUGCCACAUCAGAAUGAUAGUGAUAAUGAGAUUGCUGAUGUAGAUGAUAGCGGUGAUGAAGUUGACAAGGGGCCAAAUGCCGCAGAAGCCCUUCGAGCCCAGGUGAUGAAUGCACAGGGGAGGGAAACACACACUGAUAUGUUUGGAGACGAGGGGAAUGCAGAAGGGAGGAAAACUGAGACUUCUAGUUCAAGUAGUAGCAGCGGAAGUAGCAGCGGAAGUGGGAGCAGCAGCAGCGGAAGUAGUAGUGGGAGCAGCAGCAGCAGCGGCAGUGAAAAUGGUGGUAAUAAUGCAGGCAGUGAUGACGAUUCAGUCAACUCCAUCUGAGAUGUCGGGCAAUUCUGGAAAGCUUGUCAAAGACGGUCAACAGUCCCAAAGGAUGUUUACGCAGGCAAACGGAGCUUGAAGAAAAACAGAAGAUAAUCAUACUGUUAUUUGUACAUGCUAAUAUUUUGUGAGAUGAGAUAAUGAUGCCACAUAAGUUUUGUCAUAA